UGAGUCCUAUAAAUUUUGUUGAAUAAUCAAUGCUCAUAAAUGGAGUUUUUUUCGGAAUGUGCCACUGUCAGACAUGGAAACUCGAUUCUUGAUACAAAAAAUAGAAUAGGCCUACCCCAUUACUCCUACGUUAGGGAGAAAAUAGUAUGAAAUGAGGGAAGCCAUGGCAGAGAGUUUCAUGAGAGAAGAAGAAGAAGAAAAAGAAAGCAUGGAAGAGGGUCUCUUGGCAAAAGAAAAGGAGGAGAGAGAUGGGUUUUCUGAAGCAAUAAGAUUUGGUGAGUUUUUUGAAGAAGUGAAGCUAUUGGGUUUCAUAGCAGGGCCUAUGGUGGCUGUGAAUUUGUCACUCUACUUUCUACAAAUCAUUUCUCUUAUGAUGGUUGGUCAUCUGGGUAAGCUUUAUCUCUCGAGUACUGCUAUUGCCAUCUCCAUUGGUGCUGUUUCUGGCUUCAGUCUUCUUUUUGGAAUGGCUGGUGCAUUGGAAACUCUCUCAGGACAAGCAUAUGGAGCCAAGCAAUAUCGAAAACUCGGAAUUCAAACUAACACUGCAAUUUUCUCCCUAAUUUUAGUAUGUAUCCCUCUGUCUCUAGUGUGGUCCUACAUAGGAAAAAUUCUUGUACUUGUGGGUCAAGACCCCCAAAUUUCAAGAGAAGCAGGUCAAUUCUUGUUGUGGCUCAUCCCUGCACUCUUUGCUUAUGCAACUCUUCAACCACUCAUUAGGUACUUUCAGUCACAAAGCUUGAUCAAGCCCUUGCUAGUGAGCUCUUGUGUUUCAAUUUGUUGCCAUGUACCUCUUUGUUGGACCUUAGUAUUCAAGUGUGGACUACAACAUUGUGGAGCUGCCAUAUCUAUUGGUAUCUCAUAUUGGUUGAAUGUGAUUUUACUCUUAUUGUACAUGACAUUUUCCCCUGCCUGUGAAAGUACCCGGGUUCCAAUUUUUUCUGAGCUCUUUCAAGGAUUUGGAGAGUUCUUGCGCUUUGCUAUUCCUUCUGCUGCUAUGAGUUGCCUUGAGUGGUGGUCUUUUGAGCUGCUUACUUUGCUGUCUGGUAUUCUGCCAAAUCCACAGCUAGAGACUUCUGUGUUAUCUGUAUGUGUGUCUACCAUCACAACACUCUAUACAAUACCAGAAGGACUUGGUUCAGCUGGAAGUACAAGAGUUUCAAAUGAAUUAGGUGCAGGAAACCCAAGAGCAGCGCGUCUUGCACUUGGUGCUGUCAUGUUUCUGGCCGUCUCCCAAUCCAUUAUUGUAAGCUCAGUUCUGUUUGCUGGGCGAAACGCUUUCGGUUACAUCUUUAGCAAUGACAAGGAAGUUGUGGAUUAUGCCAUGAACAUGGCUCCUCUAGUUUGUCUAUCUGUCAUAUUCGACAGUUUGCACGCUACUCUUUCAGGUGUUGCUAGGGGCUGUGGAUGGCAGGACUUGGGGGCAUUUGUCAAUCUUGGAGCAUACUAUUUGGUAGGAAUUCCAGUUGCCACUGCAUUGGGUUUUUGGUUAGACUUAAGAGGAAAAGGCCUUUGGAUUGGGAUUGUAGCUGGUUCUUUCUUACAAGCAUUUCUGCUUUCUGUGAUAGCAAUGUGUACCAACUGGGAUGAAAAGGCAAAAAUGGCAAGGAAGAGGAUAUUUGAGGAAAGAUCUGAGCAUAGUACUCUAUUAAGCUAGAGUUUCUUGCCUUGGAGUUGAGGUAAUAUUUAUUAUCCAACCAGAAAGGAAUGUCAUAAAAAUUUUGGUACUAGUUAUUAAUAUCUUUGGCUAUGUCUAAAGUAGGCUUACACAAAGGUAUUUUUUCUUCAAUUUAGGCUCUCUGUCUUGUAAUAAUAGUUGAGUUAGGUACUAAAAAAUAACUCAAAUAUCAGAUUUUAUAAGAGCAAACCACAUGAAUGUUUUUGAACCAUUCCUCUUAAGUUUCUAUUAAUUAUGUAUUA